UCCACCGCCCUCUCCCUCUAGGUCCCUCUCACUCUCCCCCUCCGCCUUCCCUCAUCACUACCACCACUAGCACCACCACCAUCCAUCACUCGCUUCACUCUACUUCACUCUACUACAGUACCUGACCUACUUACUCCCUUCCCACACACUCACACCCGUCCGCCUGCCUACGAUCGUCUCGCUCCGCUUCCGCUUCUUCACUUCUUCUACCCUUUUGCCACAACCACCAAUCACACCACACACCUUGUCUUGCUCUCUUUCGUCCUCCAUUGUAUUAAUUGCUUGCUUGCUACCUUACCUAGCUUGCGUGCUUGCUUGCGUGCUUGCCUGUCUACCGCCACCGCCAUCGCCAUCGGUCACGGGUCCCAUCACCAGUCAUCAUCACAACAUCCCGUCACGAGCUUCGAGUCACCUCAACUCCAAUCCACGACACUGCGCCGCCAGACAUCUCGCCCUCCGCUCCAUAACAACAUCUGCUGUCUGCACACACACACACACACGCCGCCGCCACCCGCCUGCUGUCACGAGCGCCCCGUCCCUCCACUCGAGCCGCGACUCUCCCUCCUCGUCCCUCUACGCGCGCGCGAAACCCCCGCUCAUGUUAGCUGCUCUCUGCACUGACUAACUCCCCAGCAACCGACAUCGCACGCCGACCUGCUUCCUCUCUGAUGCGUCGUAUCAUCCGGCGCAUCUCUCACUACCAUCUAUAACUGUGCCUGGGGGAACCAAGAGGAGGUACCGACGAGACUGUGUGACCGAGCAGUUACUCCGCCAUCAUGGCGGCAAGGAUGCCGGCCGGAGCUUCUUCAUCCAAGAAGCCCGAGCCACCAACAGAGAUCCAGCCUGAUGAAAUCAUAGGCGAGUUCAAGAGGGGCAAGGAGAUUGGCAAGGGCAGCUUCGCCACGGUCUAUCUCGCCCAGCAUAGGAAGAGAAAGUCGUAUGCCGCUGUCAAGGCCGUCCAGAUGACCAAGCUGUCUAAGAAACUGCGCGAGAAUCUGACGACCGAGAUUGAGAUCCUCAAAGGCCUCAAGCACCCGCAUAUUGUUCAACUAUUCGUCUGUGAUGAAACUUCCUCCUUCAUUUACCUCGUCAUGGAGUACUGCCAGCUUGCCGAUCUGUCCCAAUUCAUGAAGAAGCGCUACCAGCUCCCCACCCUCCCCGAGACGGCAGACAUUUUCAGAAGGUACCCCAAUCCCGACGUCGGUGGUCUGCAUGAGGUCCUAGCACACCAUUUCCUCAAGCAGAUUGUCAGCGCCUUGCAAUACCUGCGCUCCUACAACCUCAUCCAUCGCGAUAUCAAGCCACAGAACCUACUACUCAACCCUGCCCCCACAUACAUGUCCAGGCUCAGGCCCGAGGAUGUGCCGCUCACCACCAGCGAGUACUCACUGACUCCAGCUGUCGGCCUCGCCUCGUUGCCUAUGCUCAAGAUUGCCGAUUUUGGAUUCGCUCGCCAUUUGGCUAAAACGUCAAUGGCAGAGACCCUCUGCGGCUCGCCUCUCUACAUGGCUCCGGAGAUUCUACGCUAUGAAAAGUAUGAUGCACGCGCUGAUCUGUGGUCAACUGGCACCGUCCUGCACGAAAUGAUUGUAGGUAGGCCGCCAUUCCGGGCUCAGAACCAUGUGGACCUGUUGCGCAAGAUCGAGACUGCACAGGACAAGAUCAAUUUCGACCAGUCGCUCGUCAUCAGCCGCGCCAUGAAAACACUGAUCCGCAAGCUGCUGAAGAAGGGCCCGAUCGAACGUAUGACGUACGAGAUGCUGUUCGAAGACCCAUUGAUCGUUGACGAAAUUCCGGGUCUCCAUCCGGAAGAUAAGGUCCGAGAACAGGGUACUUUGGCUGCAGAUGUUCAGGUGUCAGAGCUCAGUAAGAAGAUGGCGUGGGCCAUGGAGUCGGAUGCAUCUCCACGAUCCAAGCCUGCAUUGGGACUGCAGAAGAAGCUGUCAGAGGACGAAGUGCGGCGUGGUACGAGCCGCAAGGCAUCAGAGGAAGCUAUGCAGCAGCGUCGAUCGAUCGACAUGGAACGCCGCAAGUCCUCGGUGGGAAGUUCUAACCCUCCUGAAGCCGCUGGGCUGAAGCGUCAGCCCAGUCAACGCGAGCAGCAACACCGUCGACCCAGCGUCGUGGGCCAUAUCACUGCUCCGGGGCGCCAGGAACUUCACCAGCAGCAGCAGCAACAGCCUCAGCAGCCUUCCAUUCAACCUGCAACCAUUGCGCGUAGAGCGAGCCGCUCAUCGCCCCUUUCUGGGCCUCCUCUUGUCCGCGAGCCUACUUUAGAGGCCGACCGAGACGAUCGUGGUACUCGAGAAGCGAAAGAACGGACCGCUCAUGAAAUCGCAUUCGAGAGAGAUUGGGUCAAGGUGGAGAAGCGUGCAGUGGAAGUCAAUGCUUUCGCCGAUGAGAUUGAUGCUUUGCAGGGCUUACCGACUCACCAAGGCGCCUUGGUUCGACGCGCGACCACGCAAGGCCAGCCCACCUCGAUUACCGGUGCCACAGCGGCAGCUUCACGAGCCGUACAGGUCAUAUCGGGCCGUGCGCCGCAUCAGCGCGGCUCAUCGUUUGAAAGGCGCACAUAUGCGUCCCCACACUCUCCUGGCAACAUGCUCACCAAAGCGUUGAAUGCUGCCAAUGCACGCCUGUUUGGCCCUGGAAACUCGCCUCCUUACGGAGGACCGUCUCCACCGCUCGGCUACGGCGCGUUUCCCGCAUACCCAACUCCAUCUGCAGCUCUGGCUUUUACUGAUGUAACGGAGGUGAAGCUGAUGGAUGAGGACUCCAAGCUGGUUCGCACAUUGGAGGAUGCAGCUCAUCGCAGCGACGUCAUCUUUGGCUUUGCUGAAGUCAAAUAUAAACAGUUGCAGCCUGCACCGCCCUCGUCUCAGGAUGGUUUUGGUAUUCAGCAACUUCGCGCUCGAGAAGAUGCGAGCGACGAGGACCCUGAGGACAAGGAGUUGUCCGACAUUGCCGUCGUGGGCGUCGCCGAGGAGGCACUGGUGUUGUAUGUCAAGGCCCUCGCCGUCCUCACAAAGACUAUCGAUCUCGCUGGUAUAUGGUGGAAUAAGCAAAAGGAGCAUGGUGGAGGCACAUCAUCUGAUGGUGUCUCGGCUCCACAGGGAAGCACGGGAGGUAAAGUCUUGGGUGUGGUAAAGUGGUGCCGCAAUCGCUUCAACGAGUGUCUGGAAAAGUCGGAGAUUGCGGGACGUCUUCUGCAGCAUGCCCAGCGACAACUGCCUGAGCAUCACAGCAGUCAUCCCAACAAUCACAGCGUCCACUCGGGCACAGACGUAGCAACUUCGGCCGAUCACAUCCGUAUAACGAGCGGUGUCACUGCCGAGCGGCUGAUGUUCGAUCGUGCUGUAGACAUGAGUCGCGCCGCUGCGGUGGAUGAGCUGACUGGCCAUGAUUUGGGUGACUGCGAGAUACGGUACAAGACUGCGAUUCAGCUACUCGAGGCGGUUCUGGAACGAGAUGAUCAGCCUCUGAUGCGCAAGCCAAGCCAGAAGAAGGAUGUUUCCGCCGAAGAAGUCAUCAACGGCAUGGAGACGGAGGACUGGCAGACGGUUGUUAGAAUCAUCGAUCACUCUCGGACCCGCCUCCUUGCUGUCCGCAAGAAGAUUCACGUCAACCAGCAUGCCAACACACUCAAACGCGCUCCAAGCAGCGGUGGAUCGACACCCAAGCCCACGAGUCUUCCUUCGCCGAGUCUGGUAGCACACGCUACUUUUGGCAGUGCGUCUCCACGAUGAUGUUUGCCGUGAGCAUCAAUACACGAUGCAUACAACCAUGCACGCGCACUUUCGGCGCACAUUCACACCAACUGUUUUCGACUAGCAAGGCCGCUUUUGACGCCAAUUUCGGUUUACGUUUUUCCGCGAGAUAUCGACGAUGAAUCAGAGCCACGUCCGGUCACACAACGAGAGUCUACGAGGGGGAAGGCGCUUUAUUGUAAAGGAUUGCUUUUGUUCCGAUACUGAACACAACUGGGAUUAUGGGCAAGGAUAAAUUGACGAAAACACAACCAGAUUGCACACGGAGUUUCUGUUUUGGGGGACGGGUGUUUGCCCGAGGGUGUUACACCGGAGUGGACAGGGAGUGGUCAAUGCUGCUGCUGCUGCUGCUGCCACUGGGCGUUAUACUGUGGAUGGAUGGAUGGAUAAGCAUUGAGAUAUGAUACCACGACUGCAAUGGCCGGGCUGAGCUGAGCUGAGCUGAUGAAGAUGAAGCGCGCCAGAGCCGAAGCCUAUAGGUCGCACCUUUACCUGCAUGUUUACUACUACUACUACUACUGAGCGCACUGUCCGCGCGUAUAGGCUAUGGAUGGAUGACUGAAUGGAAUACGCUUUCUCCUCUUCUGCUCUUUGGUGGAAAAACAACGAGAGAAAUGAGGUUUUUUGAUAGCUAGCUAAGCUCUAGACUACAAUAACUGCAAAUACUCGGUUACUAUACACU